AUGCUGUCCGUCACCGUCUUCGCCUCUUACGAGUUCCCGCAUGGCCACCAUCAAAUCACAGACAAGCUACGUUCUCCCUUCCCUCCGAACAAGGCAUCCGCGAUACGCAAUAUCGUGCCCCUAAGCCGGGACUUCCACAAGCUUCUCGAUGAGGGCAGCUGCAUCAUCGUCCCCCGCGCCCUCUUCUUCGUCGAAUGUCGCAAUACCGCACUCGCCGGCCGGUUUCACGACGUGAUCGUGCGGGUCCCGGCGCACGUCGACAACUACGUGUUGUACCUCAGUUUUGUGCAUGGCGUCUUUUGCCAGACGCUGCCGCUGUACGACUUGAUUCCCGCGUAG